AUGCAAGCGGUUGGGAACAACUAUGCAGAGGAAAGCUGCUUAAAAAACCGCGACGUCACUGCAUCUACUGCAAACGAUCGGUCUCGAAUCGAAAAUUUGGAAAAAUCCGGGGUAAACUUGAAUUUACAUAAUUCGGAAACUCUCGACAACCACAAGCUAAGCACAAUCGACUUUAAUAACAACCUUGAGACGGGGAUUGCACAAAAUGACUCCGAUCAGCCAUCUGAUGGAGCUUCAAUUGACGACGAUGACAAAGAUGAUUUUCCAGAAGGGGGUUUGAAGGGUUGGUCUGUGGUUGUGGGAUCAUUCUGUGGCUCAUUUUCCGUCUUCGGAAUUCUCAACUGCAGUGGUAUUUUACUAGAGUAUUUCAGUACUCAUCAAUUAAAGGAAUAUGAUUCUGGUCAGAUCGGAUGGCUUUUUGGAUUGUCACUCUUUUUGACCUUCUUUUGUGGUGCACCAAUUGGUCCUAUCUUUGAUGCAUAUGGUCCAAGAGCUUUGAUCUUUAGUGGAAGCAUCUUAUUGGUUUUAUCCAUGAUGUUACUUGGAUUAUGUACUCAAUAUUGGCACUUCUUUGUGGUGUAUAGUCUCCUCAAUGGUAUUGGUGGAUGCUUGGUAAAUACUCCAUGUAUCGCUGCUAUAGGCCAUUACUUUCUCGUCAAGAGAGGUAACGCCACCGGUAUUGCAAUGACGGCUGGAAGUAUUGGUGGAAUUAUAUUCCCUCUUAUGUUACAACGCCUUUUUCCAACGAUAGGUUUUGCGUGGGCAACUCGAAUCCUAGGAUUCAUUCUCGUCUUCCUUCUCAUAUUCGCAAAUCUGCUCGUGCAAAGUCGUCUUCCUAGAAAGGCACUUCCUAGCAUAGGUAGCAUUCUUCCAGAUUUCAAUGCUUUUAGGGACCCACCCUUCUUAUUCCUCACCAUAGCAAUCUUCCUCCUCGAGUGGGGAAUUUUUGUCCCUCUGACAUAUAUCACACCUUAUGUUAUCUCAAAAGGUCAAUCAACAUCCUUUGGCUUUUACAUUGUUUCCAUCCUCAAUGCUGGUUCAUUCGUUGGUCGAUUCGGAGCAGGUUGGGCAGCCGACCUUAUUGGUCGUGUGAAUACACUUAUUCUCUCGGUGGCUCUCUGUGUGAUAACAUGUUUAGCACUUUGGUUACCAGCCAGCGAUUCCACAGCCAUGGCCGUCGUUUUCGCCAUCACUUUCGGAUUUGUCAGUGGUAGUAACCUUAGUCUGAGUCCAGUAUGCGUUGGACAAAUGUGUAAGACCAAACACUAUGGUCGUUAUUACUCGACAUGCUGGAUGGUAGUCGCGUUUGGCACUUUGACUGGAUUGCCUAUUGCUGGACAAAUUCUCACAGCCAGUGGAAACGAUUAUACCUGGUUGAUCGUUUUUGCCGGACUCUCCUAUGCAUUGGCAGGAUUCCUCCUCAUUGUUGCGAGAGUUUUGGCGGUGGGAUGGUCAAUUCAUACAAAGUACUAG